AUGGGAUUAUUCGAUCAGGUUAAGGACAAAUUGGGCGACGAGAGCUUCAGAAACGAGGUCAAGGAGAAGGCCACCAGCGCCUACAACAGCUACAAAAACAAGGGAAGCAGCGACUCGAGCGAUUCCUACGGAUCUGGCAGAGACGACAGCUACGGAUCUUCUGGAAGGGACAAUGAUAACUACAAAUCUGGAAGAGACAAUGACAACUCGUAUGGCUCGAACUCGAAUUCUUACGGCUCGUCCAACAACGAGUCGUCCGGAUUUGGCAGAGAUAACUCUGAUUCGUACGGAUCUGACAGAGAUAACUCCAACUCGUACGGAUCUGGCAGGGACAACUCCAACUCUUAUGGCAGAGACAACUCUGAUUCGUAUGGUUCUGGAAGAGACAAUUCCGACUCCUAUGGCUCUGGCAGAGAUAACUCCGGUUCCUUCUCUGGCAGAAACAACUCCGACUCGUACGGCUCUGGAAAUUCUGACUCCUUUGGAUCUGGCAGAGGCUCUGACUCCUUCGGAUCCGACAGAAACGACUCCUACGGCUCCGGCAGAGACAAUUCCAACACUUACGGAUCCAACAAUGACUUUGGCGGCAAAGGUUCCGACUCGUACGGCUCUGGCAGAGACUCUUAUGGAUCUAGAAACGACUAUUAA